GAUACCCUCCCACCUGCCCACUGCGCAUCUUAUCCCUUGGGAUCUUCCUGAACACCGACCGACUACUCGAAUCACGACACCACACAAAGAUACAUAAUGGCAGCCCAAACACUGCCCGCCUCCGGGGCCGCCGUGACGUUCAACACUCAGCGCACGCGUGCCUAUCUCCUCAAGCUGCCGCUUUUCACAAGAGCCACAGUGCUGAUCAUUGUCUUGACGUGGGUUCUGACAUUGGUGGGCAAGUCGUGGAAUUGGGACGUCAAGACCUGGGGAGCGUUGAUACCGGACGAAAUUGGAAUUGCGACAUUAUACCGCAUCAACACAUUCCCGUUCAUCCACCUGAACAUCUUCCACACAAUACUCAACAUUGUCGCAUUCACACCUCUUCUCGAGCGGUUCGAGCAUGAGUACGGUACUCUGACCUCUGUAGCGCUCUUCUUUGGCCCAUUCGCAACGAUACCCGGCCUCAUCUACGUCUUCAUCGAAAGAUUCAUCCUCCACGCCAACACGCCAGUCAUGGGAGCCAGCAUGUGGGUGUUCCUGCUGCUUGGCAUGGAAGCCAUUCGCACCUACAAAACCAACCCUUCCUUCACCAUCAGCACCUACAACAUUCCUACGUGGAUCACACCGUUGUUGUUGGUGGUGGUCACUGCCGCCUUGCUGCCGAGCUCGAGCUUCCUCGGGCACUUGGCGGGUCUGCUAGUCGGUUAUGGAUUUGGUCUGGGAUACCUCAAGUUCCUCGCCCCUCCCGAGUGGGCGUUGCGCUUCAUCGAAGGAAAGCUCAACCUCCUGGGCAGACUGCCUCACUACGUCAGCGUGGAUCAGAAGACUUUUGGCAGAUUUGGCGUCCUCCCUUCCUCCGCCUCUUCAGCCGAGGCUGGCAUUCCAUUUGCCGGGGUCUCCGGUGGUCAGCGGUUGGGACCUUGAAAGAAAGAGGGGUUCCAGGAGCAUCACGUUACGUUACCUACAUGAGCAGAGAGAGCAUGGGAAAGUAUAAAAUGGUGCAUAUGAGGGCAUGCGUGUCAUGAAUGAUAGAUAUAGAAGAUAACUUACUGUUAAUGUUUGAUGUUGUACGACUAAACAUAGGGUGGAGGGAAAUCAAAAGGGAGUGGCACGGGGUUCUCGGAUAUAAAUCAAGUCUUCUCUUGGGAUUGGGGGCCUGCAAGUAGAGUUUUCUUCAAUGUGAUGAGUGGCGAUCUUUCACCUGAAAGACGCCCAUGAAUGAUGAGUUGGGUUUCAUGGUCAUCAAGGGCCUAUGGGUUUACAGAGUCCAACUCUGAUUUUCUGUUA